AGCAGCCCAGAGAGAGGAUUAUAUAGAAACCUGAGUGAAAACAACACAGGGAAUUUCUCACAAUAAUAAUGACUUCAGCACAUAAAGUAUCUGAUCUGAGGAUCAUUCUAUUGGGUAAAACUGGAGCUGGAAAAAGUGCCACAGGGAACACCAUCCUGGGCAGAGACGCAUUUGAAGAGACCAAUAUAAUGUGUGAGAAACAGAAAGGAAUGGUGGGUGGAAAGACCAUCGCUGUAGUUGACACUCCAGGACUAUUUAAUACAUCUAUUACUGAAGAUCAGUUGAAGGCUGAAAUUGAGAACUGUAUGGUGAUGUCUGCUCCUGGUCCGCAUGUGUUUCUGCUGGUGAUCAAACUGGGAGUGAGAUUCACAAAAGAAGAGAGGGACACAGUGAAAUGGAUUCAAGAUAACUUUGGAGAAGAGGCUUUGGGGCGUACCAUCAUUCUGUUCACUCACACUGAUCUGCUAAAGGGUUACUCCUUAGAUGAGUACAUUAGGAAAAGCAAAUAUUUACCAGAAAUAGUUGAUAGUUGUGGUGGCAGAUAUCACUCAUUCAACAACGAGGACAAAAGCAAUAAAGGUCAGGUCUCAGAUUUGUUUCAAAAGAUUAAAAAAAUUAUAGGGAAAAAUGGAAUGAGGUAUUACACUCUUGAGAUGUUUGAACAGAAUGAGCAGAAGCUGAAAAAGGAGCAAGAACAAAAGGAACAGGAAGGGCAGCAGCUGAAAAAGGAGCUAGAACAAAAGGAACAGGAAGGGCAGCAGCUGAAAAAGGAGCUAGAAAAAAAGAAACAGAAUGAGCAGAAGCUGAAAAAGGAGCUAGAACAAAAUAAACAGAAUGAGCAGAAUCUGAAAAAGGAGCUAGAACAAAAGGAACAGGAAGAGCAGAAGCUGAAAAAGGAGCUAGAACAAAAGGAACAGAAUGAGCAGAAGCUGAAAAAGGAGCUAGAACAAAAGGAACAGAAUGAGCAGCAGCUGAAAAAGGAGUUAGAACAAAAGGAACAGAAUGAGCAGAAGCUGAAAAAGGAGCUAGAACAAAAGGAACAGGAAGAGCAGAAGCUGAAAAAGGAGCUAGAACAAAAGAAACAGAAUGAGCAGAAGCUGAAAAAGGAGCUAGAACAAAAUAAACAGAAUGAGCAGAAGCUGAAAAAGGAGCUAGAACAAAAGGAACAGGAAGAGCAGAAGCUGAAAAAGGAGCUUGAACAAAAGGAACAGAAUGAGCAGCAGCUGAAAAAGGAGUUAGAACAAAAGGAACAGGAAGAGCAGCAGCUGAAAAAGGAGCUAGAACAAAAGGAACAGGAAGAGCAGAAGCUGAAAAAGGAGCUAGAACAAAAGGAACAGAAUGAGCAGCAGCUGAAAAUGGAGCUAGAACAAAAGGAACAAGAAGAGCAGAAGCUGAAAAAGGAGCUAGAACAAAAGGAACAGAAUGAGCAGCAGCUGAAAAUGGAGCUAGAACAAAAGGAACAGAAUGAGCAGCAGCUGAAAAAGGAGUUAGAACAAAAGGAACAGGAAGAGCAGCAGCUGAAAAAGGAGCUAGAACAAAAGGAACAGGAAGAGCAGAAGCUGAAAAAGGAGCUAGAACAAAAGGAACAGAAUGAGCAGCAGCUGAAAAUGGAGCUAGAACAAAAGGAACAGAAUGAGCAGCAGCUGAAAAAGGAGUUAGAACAAAAGGAACAGGAAGAGCAGCAGCUGAAAAAGGAGUUAGAACAAAAGGAACAGGAAGAGCAGCAGCUGAAAAAGGAGCUAGAACAAAAGAAACUGUAGUUUAUUGCGUAUUUACAACUUUAGAUUUUAACAAAUUUGUAGUAUUUAAACAUUUGCUACCUACAUGUAAUUUAACUGCUCAAUGUCCU